CCCAUGAGCAGCUGGUGUCUCGUAUGCUGCCGGCCCCUGCUGCCACUCGUUUUACCCCAAUCAUUUUACUGCAUCUUAUGACAUAUUAUCCAUAAUAAUAAUGACGUAAAACUAAUGCCAUUACGUGCUUUUAGUAAUAGUGAGGCUGUGUAAAUUGUGUCGUGUAAAGACAAGCCGUGUGAUUGUAAAGUUUUGAGAAAUCGGAGGCGCUGGAUAAUAACAGUUAGGUUUAAAAAGAUAUUGAACAAAGUCGAAGAUGGCGGUAUUUGGCAUGGUGUCCGCGGUAGCGGGCUUUGUCAAAGUCCGUUACCUGAUCGACAAAGCAGUCAUAGACAACAUGGUAUUCCGGAUGCAUUAUCGCAUCACUUCAGCUAUUUUGUUCCUUUGCUGCAUCCUUGUUACUGCCAAUAACCUUAUUGGUGACCCGAUCUCAUGCAUCAACGAUGGAGCUGUGCCGCCUCACGUGUUGAAUACUUACUGCUGGAUCACGUACACUUUCACGCUACCCUAUGUUAACAAUAAGGGCAUAUCACAUCCAGGCCUUGGCAACGAUUAUGAGGAAGAGAAGCGUAUCCAUGCUUAUUAUCAGUGGGUGCCGUUUAUGUUGUUCUUUCAGGGACUCCUAUUCUACAUGCCGCAUUGGAUAUGGAAGAACUGGGAGGAAGGAAAAGUCCGUAUGAUAUCAGAUGGUAUACGAGGGACUGCUGCAACCAUUGCUGACGACAAGAACAACCGUCAGAAUCGACUUGUGCAGUAUCUGUUAGAUACUUUACACAUGCACAACACAUACUCCUUCGGCUACUUUUUCUGUGAGGUCCUGAAUUUUAUAAACGUUGUUGGCAACAUCUUUUUCCUCGAUUUAUUCCUCGGGGGCGCCUUCUUGACAUACGGUACUGAAGUGGUUAAGUUUUCUAACAUGAAUCAGGAACAACGAACAGAUCCGAUGAUCGAGGUAUUUCCUAGAAUUACCAAAUGCACAUUCCACAAGUUUGGUGCUUCCGGAUCGAUUCAGAAACACGACGCGCUUUGUGUUCUGGCUCUGAACAUCCUCAACGAAAAGAUCUUCAUUUUCUUAUGGUUCUGGUUCAUCAUCUUAUCUGUGGUGUCAGGAAUUGCUUUAUGGUACUCGGCCGCCGUGAUUCUAUUGCCGAGCACUCGUGAGACCAUUCUCAAGCGGCGGUUUCGUUUUGGAACUCCCAACGGAGUUGAAGCUCUUGUCCGGAAGACUCAGGUGGGCGACUUCCUACUCCUUCACCUGCUAGGCCAAAACAUGUCUCUCCGUGUUUUCGGUGAGGUUCUGGACGAGCUGUCUCGAAGAUUGCAUCUCGGUUCCAACCCACCAUCAGCGCCAUCUACUUUGGAAAUGGGACCUCUAUACCCCGACAUCGACAAGUACUCCAAAGAGACUGAGACGUAAGCAGCUCGAAUUAGGAAGCAAUAAACGCUAUAAAAUUAUAUUUUAAUGUCUCUAUUACGUUUUUUGAGAAAGCUCCCCCUUAAACUUCCAUCUUGAUUUCUGUAGUAAAGGACAAUUUGAUAGCAGAAAUCAAAUUUUUCAAACAAUGUAGUCGAGACGUUUAAGUAGGUUCCUUCGUAUACUGGUCGGGCCGGGUUUACGAUCAUACGAUGGCGCUAAGUGGCAGCUACAAUCUACCAACUUCAAAGGGUCCAUUACAUUUGAGAUCCGCAGAGACAUUCUUGCCUUGACUGACGCGGUAGCUUAGAUGAUUACUUGUUAACGAAUUAUAAAAUUCCAGUACGAGACUUUAACAACAUGACAUUCCUUCUUUUAUAGUAGAAAAAGAUGUUAGUAUUACACAGUUUAAGGUAAUAUCUCAGCCACAUUUUGCCGAUGUCUGCGUGAGCUUUAAAUUUAGGUCUCAAUGAAAAUUUUAGUGUAAAAAUUUAAUGCAACUAUCAUUAGUUGAAAGGUUUGUGAAUAAAAAUAGUUAAUAAUUGGGAAUUAGUGACGUGAAAUAUAGUAAAUAGGAAUGUAAUAGUGUAUGAUAAUUUGUUAUUUCUAUCUAUAUUUUUGGUAAAGACUGUUCCGUAAGAAUGAAUCUCUUUUGGAUCUUUUUGUCUGUACUGUAAUGUGCCUAAUCGCUAUAGUUUGUGGAGUUCACAAAUAUAAAUUUUAAAAUAUUUUAGAUAUAAGGGACCCGCACGGUGGGUCUGAUUUUAAAUGAAUUCGCAUUGGCUGAGUAAGUAUUAUGCGAUUUGAAAUUAUUACCUUUUUAAAUUCGUAGCAAACUUCCAUUUUUUACUCUAUUAAUUAUAGAAUACAAUUUAUUUUAAAGACAAUAUUUUUAAAGUAGGUUUUAAUAUUAUGACAAUAUAACGAGAAAAGACAUAUCACCCACACAUGCAUAGAACAUUUUAAAUUGUAUUUCAUUAGAUCGUUAAGUUUUACUUUAAUUUCUACGCUAUUUCUUGAUUCUCGAAUAUGCGUGAUGUUGUAUAUUCGUUUUUUUAUAAGUUAAUAUUGGUAGGUAGGAAAAUAAUACAAAACUAAUUCUAAAUAUUCAAAAACAAUGUACUUUUAGUACAGUGCGACUUCUUUCUCAGUUUACUAUUAGUUAUAGGAUUUCGGUGCGUAUUGAGGUGUUCGUAGAGAAUAUUUUUAUACUCAUAUAUAAAUAAUUUACUCGAAUAUUGUGCCAUUGUAGCAAACUACCAUUUCGGCUGUCAUAUCUCUGCCAGAAUGCAUUUUCUGUCUUCACGAAAAGGCAAAAACUAUUCCAGUAAAGGACCAAUACUUCCAUUUUGUUUUGUAAACUACUGUAUUUGUAGGAUAAGGAUUUUUAUUUCAGUCAUUUUAGCCAUAUUCAUAACGAUAAGACGUAGUUCGUGAAUCAUGUCUUUUUCAACUUGAAUCUAUUUUUUUUUCCUUUGACCAUGACAACGUGGAUGUAAUACGUGUGUGGACAUGGUAAUAAAACAAUUGUCGCUGUUUGUGCUAACUACACAACGACAUGCAGUAACGCCUGUGACAUUUAAUAUAAGUUACUAGAGUAAGUUGUAUGUUGUUUUGAACUCGAUUAUCAUUCCUACAAUAGUUAUAAGUGGCUAACAAAUUACGUACAAUUAGGAAGACUGCUAUUGAGCCGACAAUUUCAGAUUAUUUUUCUCUGUAAUU